UGAUUACUUGCGUAUCUAAUAAUUUUAUCAGAUGACGACAUUAGAACUGGAUUUUUGAAGGUGGAAAGCAUACAGUUGGCCAUAGAAGACGUCAAGGUUGCCAAGUAUCAAAAUCAUGCGCAGUGGUGAACCCGCCCCUCCUGCAGCUGUCCAGCUGUGCUACGAGGACGUGAACGGAUCCUGUGUGAAAGCUCCCUACUCCCCAGGCCCCCGCCUGCUUCUGUACCUGGUGUUUGGCUCUGGGGCUGUGCUGGCUGUGUUUGGAAACCUGCUGGUGAUGACUUCCAUCCUGCACUUCAAGCAGCUCCACUCCCCAGCCAAUUUUCUGGUCGCCUCUCUGGCCUGUGCUGACUUCCUGGUGGGGACCACUGUGAUGCCCUUCAGCAUGGUCAGGUCUGUGGAGAGCUGCUGGUACUUUGGGGAUGCUUACUGUAAAUUCCACUCCUGUUUUGAUGGCUCCUUCUGUUAUUCCUCUAUCUUCCACUUGUGCGUUAUUUCCAUUGACAGAUACAUCGCCGUCACCGACCCCCUGGUCUAUCCAAGUAAGUUCACUGUUGCCUUGUCUGGCAAAUGUAUCGCUCUCUCCUGGUUGCUUGCUGUAAUUUACAGCUUUUCACUUUUUUAUAGCAGAGCAACUGAAGCUGGGCUGGAGGAACUAGUGAGUGCUCUCACCUGUGUGGGAGGCUGUCAGAUCGCAGUCAAUCAAAACUGGGUCUUGAUCGACUUCCUGUUAUUCUUCAUCCCCACACUUGUGAUGAUAACUCUUUACUCCAAGAUUUUCCUCAUAGCUAAACAGCAAGCUAGGAAAAUUGAAAGUCUGAGCCAUAAGACUGCAAAAUCGUCUGACAGCUACAAAGACAGGGUAGCCAAGAGGGAGAGAAAGGCAGCAACAACCCUGGGAAUCGCAGUCAUAGCGUUUCUGAUCUCCUGGUUGCCGUACUUCAUCGAUUCCAUCAUCGAUGCCUUUCUGGGCUUCAUCACACCCACUUAUGUGUAUGAGAUACUAGUUUGGGUCGCUUACUACAACUCAGCAAAAUCCCGAUAUACUUUCUUUUACCCUUGGUUUCGAAAGGCCAUCAAGCUCAUUGUUACAGGCCAAGUGUUCAGGGAGAACUCCUUCUCCAUAAACUUGUUUGCUGAGUAGGUUCUUGUUUUCGACAAGAAUGACUGAAAAGAGAUUCAC